AUGGAACUGAAACAAAGGAUCUCAUUUGUGUUUUAUGAACUUACUUUUCCUGGCUCUCCGGAAGGUCGAGCAUCGAUUGUGCACUUGAAAAGACUGCUACUGAUCAGUCUAUCUCAUUACCUUUAUAAACGGAGGGUUUUUUCUAAUGAAACGUUUAAACCAAGGUUUAUUGAAGGUUCACGCUAUAUGGUGGUGAAUAGAAUGGGUGCAGUAGGAAAGCUUUUUUACCGUUAUCUUGCAAGUAUUGGUGAUGCACUUCAACGCAAAUAUGUAUCGCUGAGGAAAAUUAUUGUUCAUAUAUGUCCACUUGAAGAUCAGGUUGGAUCGAACGCUAUUGAGACAUUUUAUUUCGUUAUAAGAUAUGCUUCACCGCCGCGUUCGAUAACUAUUUCUAAUGUUUCCGGGGAACAUAUGAAUAGAGUAAACUACGUAAAUGCUGAAUCUACCAAAAACCAAGUACUUAGCGUCUUGAGUAGCGUCAGUGAAUUUACAAAACAGUCGAGAAAAUUUCCAGGCAGUUGUCAUCCUGUUAUUAAGCUGGAGUUAUUUGACAAAAGCAUUUCAAAAGAUUACACUCCAUCCGAAUUCACUGCGUUUGAUUAUCCCAGCGAAGACCAAAAACCCUCUAGUGAAAUUCACCUUGGAUGUGCCGAUUUUGAACAACAUGCGUUGGUUUUCAGUAUAAAUUUUUUUAAUAAUAAUUUGGGUACUUUUUGGAAGCUAGUUCCAAUUAAUAAUGUUGCUGUUGACUUUGGCAGGUGCAAGAUCUGUAUUGGAGUUGGUACUUUUGUUGAGACGGAGAAUGAAGCCUUGGUCGAAGAAGAAGCUUCUAAGUGUGAGGAACCGUCAUUUCAAACCAACAACCAAGUUUAA